CUCCAGGAUCUUCAGAAAUCAAAGGAAAAAAAUGUUCAAGCUUCUCUGUCUGCUGGUCCUCGUGGCUAUGGCCAUGGCAGCGCCUGAAGAAUUGGCGAGAACUCAACGCUCGCCUGCUUAUGGUGGAGGUUAUGGCGGGUAUGGAGGAUAUGGAAGCGGUUAUGGAGGAUAUGGAGGAUAUGGAGGAUACCCGGGAUACGGAGGAUACGGAGGAGGAUACCCAGGGUACGGUGGUCAUGGAGGAUACCCACAAUUGCAAGGUGGAAGCAGUUCUUUCGCCCAAAGUUCUGCAAAGUCGGGCGCUAUUAGCGGACCUCAUGGUAGUACGUCUUUUGCAAACUCACAGUCUAGUGCUGGAUCCGGUGCCUAUGGACGAUAAUCAUUGACAAGGCUCGAUUGACGAAUAAACGACCUAAUGAAGGCAAAAAGUAUUACAUCGUUUGGAAGGAGUUGAGAGAAACUGACAAGAGUAGUUCACAUGCAUUACAUUACUUGAGGUUAAUUGUAAUUUUGUCUGCACAUUGUGCACUUUCCUUUUGCUGAGCGUAAUAAAGCGAUAUACACGAA